CCAACCUCUGUUCCCAGCCCAUUACCAUCAUGCCUUGAGCACAAAGCAUACCUGACGUGACCUGGGGAAACAUUAAAUAGCCCCGUGCAGGCAUGGGCUUGCAGUGCAGCUGGGCUCUGUUGGGCAUUGUGCUUCCUGGGCUCCAUCAGGCACCUCUGGAUGGGUCAGCAUCAAAUCCCACCGGUGCUCGAAAGCCUUCAGGACCCACCUGAGGAUCCCUGAAGAGCUUUUGCUGUUGUCCCAUGCCUGCAAGGAGGAGCCUGACCACCACACAAUGAAGGUGUCCCCAUGAUUGCAGUCUUGCAGAUGAUGGCGUUCGGUCUCACUCUCCUCUCAUCUCUCUUCCUCCUCCUGGCCACAUGCACUGACUGCUGGAUGGUGAAUGCUGAUGACAGCUUGGAGGUGAGCCACAAAUGCCGGGGGCUCUGGAGAGAAUGUGUCACCAACAUGCAGGAUGGGGUCAGGACCUGUGACCAAUAUGACUCCAUUUUGGCAGACCAUCCAGUGAAGAUUGUGGUGACACGGACGCUGCUGAUCACAGCAGACCUCCUGGUGGGCCUGGCCUUGGCAACUUUGCUCCUUGGGCUCGACUGCAUCAAGUUCCUCAAGGAAGAUCCUCAUGCGAAACUGAGGAUGUGCUAUGGGGCUGGUGUCAUCCUUGGCAUUGGAAGCAUCCUGGGCCUGGUGGGCUCCGUGUGGUAUGCAGUGGAUGUCUACAUGGAGAGGGCCAUGCUGGUGUCACACAAUGUAUUCCUGGGAGUCCACUAUGACUUCGGGUGGUCUUGCUGGCUGGGGAUGGCUGGCUCAACAGGCUGCUUCAUAGCAUCCAUCCUGCUGACCUGCUGCCUCUACGCUUGUUCAGGUCAGUCCAUAUUGCCCGGGGUUGCCCCAUCCCACAACAGGGGGCUUCUUGUCCUGCAUGGCCCCUAUGUCACAUCCCUGACUCUCUCCUGCAAGGCCCCAGUGCCCGCCAGCAGUCCCUGAGGUUCCCCCAGCGUCAAAUUGUCACCAGCAAGAUGUACACCAUGGACUCCCGCGUGUGAUGGGCAGCAGCAUCUCCCUGCACCCAGUCCAUUGCAUGAUGCUCACCCCAAGUCUGACCCCAUUAAAGCACCAUCAUCUACUCCAGGACAUCUCCGCAACUGCUCUAUGACUCCAAUUUCAGGGCUCCAGGCAGGGCCUGAACACAUCAGCAGCUGCAAAAAGUGGGCAUGCUGCAGAAGCAAGUCACAGAAAGAGAAGCUUUACUGCCAAUUCCAGCCACAUUUAUUCAAAAAUAAAACCUAGAAAAGUGGUGGUUUAUGAAAAGAGGCUCCUCACUGACGCCAGAAAAGAGAGAAGGAGGUCUCUGCAGGGGUGGGGGAAAGCUUAACAUCCCUCCCAAUUUAAUUCCUUAUUUCCCCAUCAUAACAUGAGGGGAGCAGUUCAGGACCUUUCCAGAUCACACAGCUCAACUCAGUACCUCAUAUGACCCCAUAUGAAACCUGGGUCCUAAGUUCCUGCUUCCCCCUGCAUGCAACAGCACCCCAGCUCCUGCCACCCCAAAGCCCCUUGGGGAGCUCUCACCACCUUGAGGGUGACAGAAGCAAAGCAGCUCCUGGUCACUGCCCCAGUGCUGCUUUGGAGGAGGUGAGUAAAAAGCCUCAACUGCGUGGAGCAACACUGACUCCAUGUGGCUGCUGGCCCUGAUGAUGCAGCAGCCUGCUUUAAGCUGCCCCUGCACUCAGAAAUUUGGUAGCAUACAUGCCAUUUAGAAGCUGGGUAAAGCCAGUAGCCUGGAGCAUUCAAUAAUGUUAUCAUGGGGUUAUCAUUAGAGUAACUCCACAACCACACACAGAGGCAAUUUGAAAACUAGUGGAGGUGCUCUUCAUGCAGAGCUGGGUACUGAAGUCCAUGCAAAAAGAAUUCUGUUUUCCAUAUGAAUUACCCUUCUUCACUCACAAAACACUUUGAAAGUAAGCGUGAACCCCCAAAAUACCCUCUCCCCCAUUGGCUGUGAUUAAAAUCUCCCCAUUUCAAGCUCAGCUCCUCUGCUCGACAGCCAAAGGUGAU